GGCCCGAGCUGUGGCGGCGGCGGAGCCCUCCUCCUAACAGUGUCCUGAGCGGCUCCGAGCGCCGUAGUGACCUGACCUGACCUGACCUGAUCUCACGGACCGGGGUGUGCUGUGAUUGUUAACUCGCCACACUCGCGCCCGAGAUGGGCAAGACGUCCAACAUGUACAGUGCGCGAGUGUCCUCUCAGAGCCGGAGCUCCAUCAGCUCGACGACAGUGCACCAUGGCACGACGUCAGCGUUCCCGAGUGCUGAGCCCUCCGACCUGGAGAGCUUCUUCAGCUCCACGGAGAUGGGGGCCAACAAGAAGCUGUUUGGCAAGGACCUCAGCGAGUAUGACAACAUGGACAUGGACGACAUGUUGGACCAGCUGACCGCAGAGGAGAUAGAGCUGCUCACCAGGGACGUGGAUCCCGACGACUCCCUGAUGCCGCCCGAUCAACGGACAUCCUAUCGGUGCGACAAGUCGGCCACGGGGCCUCUGAACAGAAAACAGCUCAUCGAUCACAUCAACGAACAGGCGAUGACGGAGCCCGACCGACCCGAGCUGGUCCCCUACGAGCCCGGCACCAUCCGCGGUAAAAAGUGGGUGCCACCACCGCCACCGGCCGAGGAGCAGCGAGCCGAUGAACAGGUGGCCCUGGACAUGGGGGACGAGUACGAGUCGGCACUGGCCGACGCCACCGAGAGCGAGAUGGUCGACCUGGCAGCUAUCCUGGGCUUCCACUCGAUGAUGAACCAGGACCAGUACCACGCCUCGUUGCUCGGCAAGAAGCUGGACACGGAGGAGGUUGGCUGGAGUGGCAUCACGCGCGCCUCGCGGCCCAAAGCGAUGGCGCCCGAGCCGCCCAACACCACCGACCCGGAGCAGUCGAUCGAGCGCAUCAAACGCGACGACCCGGAACUGCGCCGGCUCAACCUCAACAAUGUCAAGACGAUAUCUGAAGAGCAGUUUGGCCGUCUGUGCGAGGCGGCCAGCUCCAACAGUCGCCUGGAGGGCCUUCUCUGUUCCAACACCCACAUGGGAGACACGUACGCAGAGAAACUGGUCCAGCUCAUCGAGAACAAUCCCAAUAUCAAGGAGAUCAGCAUCGAGUCCAACUUCAUCAGCCCUCCGAUGAUCGCCAGGCUCGUGAAGGCUCUCCUCGUGCAUAAAAGCGUCGAAACCUUCAGAGCCGCCAACCAAAGGUCGCAGGUGCUGGGGAACAAAAUCGAAAUGGAGAUCACAAAGUACGUGGAACAGAACCCCAACCUGCUACAGUUCGGACUGCACUUUGACUUCAACGACGCUCGUGCAAGAGUCUGCAACCAGCUGCAGAAGAACCGCGACCGCUUCCGCACCGGCAAAAGGUCGCGGCUCAGCUGUACUCUGUUCCGCGACCUCAUUUGGAAGAAACUAACCCAGCUUGUGGUGCCCUGAAGCUGACGGCGUUCGCUGCGACCUGUCAAUUGGAGCCGACAGUAGCUGCUCUGGCCUGUUCCGUGGAAUUGACGAGUGCACCGAUCAGCCGGCAUUGAGACAUUUCUGCCGGCUGCAAGCAUCGCGUUGAACGACUCGACGCGGAACCAUGACUUGCCGCCGGGCGCCGUCCUCAUGUGCCCCCGACGGACCCCGCAGUGUGCCGCCAGAGAGGAGACAGUGACUUCCAAAGCGCAGUGCCAGCGGACUACGUUUGUGACCCGUUUGCGACGUCGUGAAGUAGCCUCCAGAACGCUUGUCUGAUACGGCGCCGGCUGGCCGGACUUGUUUGUUUGUGAACGAGCGUCUUGUAGAGCCUUUGUCGACGGUCCCUCUCGUCUCACCCGCCGCCCCCAGUGCUGUGGUGCGCCUCUGUGCGCAUCGGCGCUCAUCAAUGGAACGCGUUGACGAUCAGCCGUUCGGCGUGUGUCGAACAGUCAGCUGGUCUCUGCCUGAGCGGCCGCAGCGCACCGUAUCGUAUGGUGCGAUUUUGCAUGGUAUGCAAGUUCAGUACGCCAUGGUUAUCUGCCUUACGGCGCCCCCAUUGUAAAAGGGACCCUCCCACCUUCAAAAAAGUUAACCCGCGCCCCGCUGGGCUAUUCAGCCAUACGCGCCCUGCUGGGGGGGGGGGGGGGCAGAUUCUGCCCCCCCUGUCUAACUUCC